GGUAAAGAGCAUAAUUGUUCCCUAUACGCGUCGCAUCUAGUAACAUCUAGUAACACUGUUAGCUAUGCUCGAUUUUGCAUCAUAGUUACUUCUGGCAUACAAUCUUGAAUUGACGUUACAGAUAUAUUGUUAUAUAAAUAUCCAGAAUAGCUAUCAUUUUGAGCAUAUAAUUGCACUAUUAAUUUCAUAAAAUGUUACGUUUAAUUCUAAAUAAAAUUUUAACACAGAAAGGAGAAUUAACGCAAUUACGAUUUCUAUGUACAAAAACGAGCAAGCAAUCUGCAAUGAAUUCAAACGUUCCUGGACUGAGUGACAAAUGCGUUAAAGUUCCAAAUGCACCUGUAGGUCCUGGUGCUGCCAAGGAUAAAGAAUACAAAAAUCCAGAAUAUUUUUGUUAUCACGUAGACAGUUUUGGAGAAGCAGAAGUAGAAUUAGAAAAACAUAGAUUACCAGCACCUUCUAAUAAAGUACCUUUUAAUCGAUAAAUAGACUACUUUAAUGUUUUUGUUUGUGAAGAUUUACGCAAGAGAUUAGAAUAAAUUAAAUUAAAUAGAAAAAUGAUUAUGACGAUGAAUAAACUAUUA